ACUCCAGGCUCCCACCUCAUUGUCACCAAGUUGCUUCGAAAUUUUAGCGUUUGGCAUUGCAUUGCUGUUCGGUUGCAAGACUCGGCCUUUCAAGACUUGCAAUGGCUGUCCACGUUCAACUGUGGUCAUCGGAUCGUAGCUGUACCAGGAACGGUAGCGUCCUGGACUGCACUAAUGAACUUUGUUUUGCAUAUGGAACAUGGCCAUCACGCGCCUGGCAUUAUACAUCCGAGCGCUAUCUGACCUUCUCGACAAGGGUUAUCGCCCAUCGCUGAUACUUAAGCCGCUCUUCUCGUGUGGUAUAUAUGCUCCAUCAAGAUUCAAUAUCCGUCAUCACAUCGAGCUCUACGGACACACUUUAAUGGACGAACCUAGGGUCAAGGAUAGUGUCAUCCAGUCGCUACCGGACACCAACCAAACUCCACUGGAGGAGAUCGACAGCGUCUCGCCCGAGCCGGAGCUAGCCAACCCAGAUAGAACAUCGAAUGAAGGACAGUCUAGUGAUGUCAGUUCCGUUCCGGAGCGCGAACCUAGUCCACAGCCCCGACUAUGACGAUCCGGAGACUUGGCUAUCCGCGCGACCUCGCGGGCCGACAAACCACAACGCCAAUGCCCCGAAGAAUGUCAAGAAACC